AAAAAAAAAUCUGGUGAGCAGUUUCCGGUGAAGUUAACGCGUACGCUUGGACGGAGAGUCUCCGGCUUGGUCGUUUGUCGUAUUUGAGGUGUAGCCUGACCUGAGCCAGUGCUUCAGUGCUGCUGUAUUCCUGAUAUCAAUUUCUUCAAUACAUUUGAAGUAAGGGGUGACUCGUGCUGAAGAUGACUAAGAAGCGAAGGAAUAAUGGACGUGCCAAGAAGGGCCGUGGCCAUGUCCAGCCCAUCAGAUGCACAAACUGCGCCCGCUGCGUCCCCAAAGACAAAGCCAUUAAGAAGUUUGUCAUCCGCAACAUCGUGGAAGCUGCUGCAGUUCGAGAUAUUUCGGAGGCCAGUGUUUUUGAUGCAUACGUGCUCCCCAAGCUGUACGUGAAAUUACAUUACUGCGUCAGCUGUGCCAUCCAUAGCAAAGUGGUAAGAAAUCGUUCACGAGAGGCCAGGAAGGACCGAACUCCUCCUCCACGUUUCAGGCCAGGCGCCAACCUCCCACGUGGACCUCCUCCCAAGCCUAUGUAAACACUAGCGGAUUGUUUAAUUUGAUUUGAAUAAUAAAAUUGUCAAACCGCUUUAAAAA